AUGCGCGUGUCAACCAUCCUCGUGGCCCUCGUCUCAACCCUCGCCCUAGGCGUGGAGUCGAAGAAGAUCAACAUGCACUGCUCAUUCGCCGCAGACCACACGGGGAUGCUCCAGAAUCCCUACUGCUGCCGGGGCUUCCAGCCAGCGAGGCACAAUGCUCAGGCCAACCAGGCUACUGACUGUGAGGAACUGAAGACGCCUCAGCUGUGUGAGGAUCAGUCUCGGCCUGCAUGCUGCUACACAAUUGGCCCGGAGUAUAUUUGCACUUCGCACGUUGUCUUCCAGAAUGCGGAGGAUGUGUGA